AUGAGUGUAUUAGGCUAUAGGGAUACACAGGACAAUGUUCCUGGUGGAUUUCCAGACGUAUCUGUAGCAAACCAAUUAAACUCACAAAAUGAAGAUUCACAAAUCCCUUCACAUAAUGGACUUCAGGAUAUUACCCAAUACAAAAUAUCACUUAACAAAAUCCUAUAUAUGUUUUUUCAAAUUCCACUAUUGUUGCUAUCAUUAUUGCUAACAUUUACUGUGUUUAUAAUAACAACAUCAAACAAGUUUCUAAAAGUAACAAAUUUCUACGACAGUUCACAUAAACAGAUAGAUUCGAAAUCCAACCUCUUCGAAUUAUUAAACACCCUAAGUAUGGAGUCUCAUAGUGCCUCUACAACUGAGGAUAUAUCACGAUACAAUUUUGGUUCGAUUUAUAACUCAUCUAAUAGCAUAAUUUCAGGGGACAAUCUACAAUCGAGUUACACAGAACUACUAGAUGCAUGUACAAAACAAUAUAAAUUUGGAUUCAUAUAUUUACAUGAUAAAUUAAAAGAUGAUAGUAUGUGCUUCGUGGAUAACAUAUUAUGCACUGAUCAAUUCAUCAAUAUGGUAAAGAAACACCAAGGUUUAAUAUGGUUCGGUGAUAUAACAAAGGCAGAAGGAUUGCAAGUUGCAAAUAACUGGAAAGUUAGACAUUUUCCGUUUGUUGGCGUAAUUAUGAUGAAAAGAUCUAACAAAGUAGAACUAAUAGCAAAGGCAGAAGGUUCAUUAAUUAACUACAGUCCAAACAAAUUUGAAAGGGUCCUCAAAAAGAACCAAGAAACAUUAAUCCAAUUGAUCCAACAACAGCAAAAUAUAGAGAUGCAACGUCUAAUUAGAGAGCAGCAAGAUUCAAGAUUUAGGUCAUCUCUAAGAAGAGAUCAGGAGAGAAAUCAUGAAUUAGAAGCAGCUCGAUUACGAGAGCAACAAGAAGCUGAGCUUCAUGCACAACAGGCCCAAGAGGUCAUACACCAAGAAGAACUCCUAAAGAGAUGGUUGGUUUGUCGACUUCACAGACUUCAUCCUGAACCUAGUACUGGUGACAAUGUAAGUAAAGUCGCUAUCAAACUCGGAAAUGGUGAACGUGUAAUCCGCAAAUUUGAUGCCAGUCUUCCUAUUGAAGAGAUAUAUGCAUAUGUAGAACUUCGCAGCAAAGGAAUACUGUCUUUACAAUAUAAUGAUAUAUCAGAUACAAUACCUCCAGAAAAUUACAUCCAUAAUUAUGGAUUUAAACUAAUAUCACCUGUUCCAAGGGUUGAAUUACAACCUGAGACUAUUAUAGAAGAGAGUACGGCAGUAUUCCCAUCUGGUAAUAUUAUAGUCGAAGACCUCGAUUAA